AUGGAUGUGAAGAAUGCUUUCUUGAAUGGUGACCUUCAUGAAGAGGUUUAUAUUAUGCCUCCCCGGGUGUUCCUCAUCAACUUGGUGAAGUUUGCAAUAUUCACAAAGCUCUUUAUGGUCUUAAACAAGCACCACGUGCCUGGUGAUGAUCAUGAUGGUAUUGAAUCAUUGAAGUAUGAGUUAUCACACUCAUUCGUUAUGAAAGAUUUGGGCAUGCUACGUUAUUUUUUGGGAAUUGAGGUAGCUUAUUCUCCAAAAGAUACUCUCUGUCCGAUGGCACUCCUUUGGAGUCGUACCAUUGUUGGCAGCUUAGUUUAUCUUAAUGUAACUCGCCCAGACAUUGCGCAUGUAGUUCAUGUGUUGUGUGCCUACUCUGAUGCGGAUUGGGAUGGUGAUCCUACGGACCGCAAAUUGACCACUGGAUAUUGUAUUUUCCUCGGUGAUUCGCUUAUUUCAUGGAAGAGCAAGAAACAAGAUGUCAUUUCUCGGUCUUCUACAGAAGCUAAGUAUCGUGCCAUGGCCUCAACUACUUGUGAAAUUGUUUGGUUAUGUAGAUUACAUACUGAUAUGGGUAUUUCUCUUUCUCACUCUACUCCGCUACAUUGUGAUAAUCAAAGUGCUAUCUAG